CAAUCGUAGAAGCAUCUGUGAUCUGCCUAUUCUUCAAAAAAGCACUCUGCUGCCUUGAGACUAGAGAAGCCACCACCUUUUUCAGCCUCGGCUAGAACUUUUGCCAGCAGUUUGUCCACACUGCUUAUAAGACUAAUAGGCCGGAAGUCUCUGGGUUCCACUGCGCCUUUCUUUUUAGGGAUAAGAGUAAUCAAUGAAGCAUUACAAGAUCUUAACAUCUGGCAAUUCUGAUGGAAGAAAUUGAGAGCUGCUAAUAAAUCUGAUUUGAUAAAACUCCAUGAUUUCUGAUUAAAAGCCAUGGUGUAGCCAUCAGGGCCUGGGGCUUUGUCUGGUGCACAAGACAUGAGAGCUUCUGAGAUUUCUAAUUCAGAGAAAAGAAGUUCGAACUCCUCCUUUUCUUCUGUGCUGAGAAUGUGGAGGUCCUCAAAAACAACUGAGGGUCUCCAAGUUUCUGUCUCUUUGUACACUUGUUGAUUAUAUUCCAAAACGCUAUCCUUGAUCUUUACCUUAUCUUCAAUUAGUCCCCAAUCUUUACUCUGUCAAUGCAAUUACUCUUCCUGUGUGAAUUGGCCAUUCUUUGGAAGAACUUAGUAUUCUUGUCCCCUUCUUUUAACCAUAAGCAUCUUGAUUUUUGUCUCCAUGAAAUUUCUUCUGCAAUUGCGAUCUGCUGAAGUUGUAGUUUUAAGUUUAGUGACUGCACUUUCUCCUCUGCUGAUAAAGCUCUGAGAUCAGCAACCAGAUUCAACUUCCCUAAUUCCCAUAAAGCUUUGUUCCUUUGGAUAUCAAUUUUCCCAUAUACCUCUUUAUUCCAUCUAGCUAUAUCCUUCUUGAGAUUUCUAAGUUUCUGGAUGAGCACAAAUUCUGGAGUGCCCAAAACAUUGUAAGAGUUCCACCAGCCCCUUACCAUAUCAAUAAAGCCCUCUGAUUGCAACCACAUGUUUUCAAACGUGAAAUAAGAAGGUGAAGCUUCCCAAACUCCACUCUCCAAAAUAAUAGGCUUGUGAUCUGAGAGCACUCUAGGCAAUGAGUACUAUUUAAUGGCAUUGAAAGAUUCAAUCCAGUCAGGUGAGAUGAAAACCCUGUCAAUUCUUGAGGCUUGGAGCGGCUCCUCCCUUCUUGACCAGGUGAAUUGAACUCCCUGAAGUGGAGGAUCAAUCAAGUCUAAAUCCUGAAUGGUGUUAAAAAGGCCCAACAUGGCCCUAGAUCUUCUAGUGCAGUUCAUUCUUUCCUCGACAAACCUACAAACAUUGAAAUCCCCUCCUAUAACCUAAAGAUCAAGCCACAAGCCCCUAACCGAUGCUAAUUCUAGCCAAAGAUCCUCCCUUUCCAGAUUAGUGUGUGGCCGGUAGACACCAGUGAAUACCCAUUUGAAGUCCUCGGUUAGACUUUCGAAUCUGCAAGAAAGGGAAAAAAAACUCGGCUUCAAAGUCCACAUCAUUAAAAUUCCAACUUUGGUGCCAAUAGCUUUGAGUUCUGCCCAAGAAAUCCAUCUUUUCUUAGUCAAAAAAUCCUCUUUGGAGAGAAUUGUUGAUCCGGCUAUUGCAAAAUCAGCCCUAGUUAGGAAAUUUGCAGAGGUAUUUUGAAAGGGUGGCAAAUGUAGUAACUUAAGAGCAUCACAUAGAAAAUCUACCAUCAAAUGCCCCUCACAUAAAUUAUUGUUCAAUUUUGCUGAACUGCUCGACGUGUGACCAUCCAGUAAAUUAGCAUUUCCUGUAUCAAUUUUGGAGUCUCCAAAAGCAUAAACCUUGUGGAAGCAUCCUAUAUAGUUAUUAUGCCUGGUUGAAGUGUCAUGGCAUCUGAUAAAAUUCUAAUAGUGUUCAUUUUUGCAACAAGGACUAAUGUCUCUUGAUAAUCCACUCUAUAAGUCUGAGUUAGUCCCUUAUCCACCAAUCUUGCUCUGAAUCUUUCAAUGGGACCAUCAACUUAAUGUUUUACAAUGAAGACCCAUUUGCAACCAACUAACUUCUUGUUGUCUGGUGGUGAAGUGAAAAGUUCGCAAGUCUCAUUCUUUGAUAAAACUUACUUCAAUCAUAGCUUGCUUCCAUUUAGAAUCUGCAAAAGCUUUCCUCCAAUUAAAGAUCCCCUAUUAAUGUAUCUUUCAAUAAGAACAACAAGCCCCAACAAUUCCAAACCAACAAUUUUAAGGAUAUGAAGGAUAUCCCGACAUAUCAAACCAGCAGUUUUAAAUCGAAUUAAGCAUAAGAAGAGUAGUUGCAGAACCUCACUUGCUUUAUAGCUCGAGGAAAAACAGAACCUAGUUGCCUGACUGUAGUCUUCCGUCUGUCACUAUGCUUCUGGAUUAGCCCGUCAAAUUGCCGCUAGAUCUGUCAGAACUUAUUUCUUGAGAAAGAAGCAGUGGAGUACAGUUCAUUGUUUGGUCAAUGCAAUCUGGAAGACCCAGAUCCGUGCAAUUCAGAGUUGAAGCUGAAAUAUUAUCCCAAUUUACCUCUGAUCUACCAAAUAUCGUCCAGCAAUGAAAUCUACAGGUGAAUCGUAAGAGAUUUUGGAAUUAGAGUUGGAAAUUGAGUGAAAGAAAAGGCUGGUGGAGCUCGUAGUGUGAGUUUGAACUUUGCUGUAAUCUCACGAAGCAGGUUAUUCUGCUCAAAGGUGGCUGAUAGAAUCAUUGAUUUGGAUGAUUAAAUGCUAAGGAGUAGGAAAUCCUUAACCCCGAUUUCUAGAGAGAGAGAGUCUCUGCUCGGCUCCUAAUGUAUCUAACUGAAAACUUGGAUUUCUUUCUAUUAAAAUCACUUCUGGCUAUAGUUCUAAUGCCUGCUUUUCUUUUUACGGGGCACAACAUCAUCACUUGCUUGGAAGGCAUUUCCCUGAAAGCAAUCUCAAACAUUGGAGGGCUGCACCCAUUGCUUGGUUUACGUGAUCAUAUACUGGUAGCUGUUCCAAGGGAUUCUAUUAUAUCUAUUCCAGAUCAUGACAGUACUAACAGGAUUGGAGCUUCCUUUGAAACUCCUUGUGGUCGUAUGUUGAUUAAGCCUAUAGAGUACAUGGAAAUGAUUUCUUCAAUGAGGCCUAAUUUAUGGGCCACUUUAGCUGAUGAAGUUCCUGCUUGGGCUUCCGAAAAGAGGAACAAAGCCUCAGUUGAACGUACACUAAAAUGGCUCGACGAAUGCAUCACUUCAAACUCGGCAGACGGAGCAGUGCUUGGAUCCAUUGUUGGAGGCUCUAGGGUGGAGCAGCGCCGAAGUUGUGCUCAAGAAGUUGCUAGGAGGAAUGUAGAAGGGUUUUGGAUUGGUGGAUUUGGAUUAGGGGAGAGCAUGGAAGAGCGCAACCCUCUCCUUAAUGCUGUUAUGGAUAGUUUACCUGAAGAAAAGCCACGUCUUAUAAGUGGCCUUGGACUACCAGAAGAGGUCUUGCAAGGUGUUUCUGCAGGUGUUGAUUUAUUUGAUUCCACCUACAUCUACCAUCUCACACUAGGAGGCUUUGCUCUCACCUUUCCACUUGAAAGCAUGGAGGCGCAAGUUACUAAAUAUCAACCAAAUAGUGAUUCAGGAUGUGAUGGCACAAAGAUAAAUUUGAAAGCAACAGUGUAUAGGAAAGAUAUAUCUCCUAUCGUCGAUAAUUGCAAGUGUUAUACAUGCCAAAAUCAUACAAAAGCUUACAUCAAUCACCUUCUCAAUGUCCAUGAGAUGCUGGCACAUAUUCUGCUUGAAAUGCACAACACACAUCAUUUUCUGGGAUUCUUCCGCUCUAUCAGAGAGGCAAUUCAAGAAGGAAAAUUCGAGCAAUUUCGACAGAAAUUCAUAGGAAGUAGGCAUGAACAUCUCCUUUCUGUUUCAAGCGUCUAACAUGAUAUUUCUGUGCAAAAUUAGUUUUGACGCACAGCUUCAAGAGAAAAAUACUGGGGGGGUUUUAUUGACAUCUUUUCAUAUGCCCCGGCUGCUCUGCUUUUUAACGUAGCUAGUUAGCGGCACGAAGGUAAUUUACAUUUUAAAAUGAUAAUAGAUUAAAAUAAACAACUACACUAUGAGUUUUUGGUAAGGAGGAAAACAAUAAUUCAGGUUUGGCUGGUUAAAAUAUAUUAGAAAAUAUCUUUUUCUAAGAAA